GUUUAUCUAUGUUCUACCUCUAGACUUCCCAAUCUGUCAACUAUAAAUUGUCAAAUCAUACAAUGAUUUCCUCAUUUAUUUUUUAAUGUGUAACGUCGUCUAGUCUCUUAAGUGAUUUUUGUUAUUCAAUCAAGAAAUAACAAAAGAAGACGAAGAAAAACUAGAAACAAAAAGGAACAGAAUUGAACACAUACAUUUAUAUAUAUACAAAUGUAUAUAGAUGUAGUUAAUUCCAUAUCGAAUGUAUAAUAUCAUUACUUUAUCAUCUUCAAUUCAUUCCAAGAAAUAUUGUAUUCAAUUCAUGAUUUACCAGUGUGCUUUCAGUGAAUAAACAAUUACACAUAUAUCAUAUCCAUCUAUCUAUCUAUCUAUCUAUACAUACAUAAUAUAUUGAGCAUAGUAACAAAAAUAAGAAAAUAAUUAUGUGGAUGAAAGAUUGUGAUCAAUGUUCUACAGCAAAACUUGGAGGUUUACAAAUAUGGAUGCAACAUUUAACUAAUGAACAUGCAAUACCAACUGAAUGGCCUAGUGAUAGAGCAUCACGUUUAACUGGUUCUAAUGCAUUACGUCCAUAUACAACAAUAGCUGAAUCUAAAAAGAAACGUAGAAAAGAUAGUAUACCAAGACCAUUGAAUAGUUUUAUGCUAUUUGCGCAACAUAUACGUCGUAAUGUUCUACGUGUUUUCAGUGAUGCAUCAAAUUCUGUUAUCAGUCAACAAUUAGGAGAUUUAUGGCGUACUGUUCCAAGAAGUUGCCGUAAUCAAUACGAUGAUGAAGCGAAUAGAUUAGUGAAAAUUCAUCAAAUUGAAUUUCCCAAUUAUAAAUAUCAACCUAAAAAACGACAAAUCACAUCAUCGUCAUCAUCCUCCUCAUCAUCCUCAUCAUCGUCAACAACAACCGCCACCACAACCACUGCGAAUACAUCAAGGAGUAAUAAUGAUCAAAUGCGUAUGCUUAGUCCAAAUCAAUUCCAUAACACCACACACACUCUUACUCAAUCAUCUAUAUCAAUGAAUAAUAUACGAGAAGAUCAAUUGAUAACAUCAAGCAAAUUAUUAUCAACCAAUUUACUUAAAACUGGUACGGACUACAAUGUUGUUUAUUCUUCUUGUUCGUCUUCAUCGGCGUCGUCUUCUUCGUCUUCUUCAACUGUCACAAAUAAACUACCAACUUUAUCUAAUCGUAAUUAUUCCAUACCCGGUAUAUCAUCUAUGAAUAGUUCUGUUGUUAAGGGUCAAACUACCAAUGGUAAUAAUGAAUUGAUGAAUAAUUUUAUGACAAGUCCAUCUAAAUUACUAUGUAAUACAAUUUAUGCUAAAUUAGAACCGAAACCAUUAAGUGUGAAUAUUAUCAAUACUACUAAUAAUAGUAGUAUACCUAUGAAUAACAAUAAUAAUACUAUUAACAGUAGUCAAACUUUAUCAUUCAAACCAACUAUACAUAGUUUAUCAUCAGUGUUACCACCUCUUAUAACUUUGUCAUCAAAUCAUCAUCAUGCACAUCAUCCACAUCAUCCACAUCAUCAUCAAACAAAUGGAUUAAUGAAUGAACAAUUUUCACUUGGUAUAUGUGAUUCAGCUUAUGCAUCUGGAAUUAAUAGUUCAUCAUCAUCAUCAGCAUCAUCUCCAGCUGUAGGUGAAUUAAUUUCACCGGCAAAAUCAUAUUCAUCAACUUUUUCAUCACUUUCAUCAUCAUCGACAUCAUCAUCAUUAUCUAAUAUGAAUCUAAAACAAACAAAACAAUCACCAAUACGACGUAAAAUUCAUUUUAUACCAAUUAGACCACAAUCACAACAAUUACCACCUGUUGGGAAUCAACCAACACGUCAACGUUUUCUUUCUGCAAAUAAUGGUAUUACUACUACUAACAAUACUACUAAUAAUACUACUCAUAAUAGUAAUAUAUCAACUAUUGGAAAUGGUUAUAUUCAAAUGAAUGGCUUUCAAUUUAAAUCCAACUCUGAAAAUGUUAUUAUACUUCCAAGAAAAUUAAAUGAUUUACAUGUUGAACAAAAAGAUGAACAAUUAACUGAAGAAUUGAUGAAUGAUACUCUUAUACUUCAAGAGAACAAUAAUGAUAAUAAUAAUAAUAGAAUGGUAACCACUGAUAUUUUAACACCAGUUUAUAUUCAAUUAGAUCAUGAAGGACAAAAUCCAUUGACAGAAGGUUUAAUGUUAACUUUACCACCUGGUACAACAUUCAUUCAAACGAAUCAUGAUUCUAUGAAUCGUGGUAUUCCAUUGAAUAAUCAUAAUAAUACAAUAUCAAAACGAUUUUAUAUUACGAAUGGUAAUCGUAUGAUACCAGGUAUAUCGAAAUCGGUACAAAUUUUACAACCAUUAAAAGUAAUGAAUGUGAUACAUCAUCAUCAUCAUGUUCAUUCAAAUCAUUCAUCAUCAUCAUCUUCAACAACAACAACAGCAACAACAACACCAUCAUCAUCAUCAUUAUUAUCAUAUCCAGAACCUAUUCUAUAUAGUCCAUUAAUGAGUAGUUCAGAAUUAUUAUCAUCAUCAUCAUCAUAUAGUUGUAAUUCAUCACCGAAUUCAAUUGUAUCACCAUUAUCUGGUGAUGUAUUUCUACCAAUGCAACAAGUUGAAAUGAUGUCAAAUUCUACACAUUUCAAUACAUAUGAUCAACAAUCAACAUGUAUGGAUAUAUAUCAAUUUAAUGGACAAAAUCAAUUAGAUAUGUGUAUAGAAGAAGAAGAAGAAGAAGAAGAACAAAGGGUACACGAAGAAGUAGAAGAAGGAGAACAAAUUCUUAUUGAUGAAAGAAGAAUGACACAACUUCAUUCAAAGAAUUUAGAUACAAUCACCAAUAUUAUUAGUAUAGAUGAAUGUAUGGAUGCUGUAAAUAAUGAUACAUUUAUAAGUAAUACAAAUUCUUCAGGUAUUCUACAUAAUUGGUCAUCAAAUUUACCAUUUAGUGAAUCAAUGUUAAUGUCAUCUUCAACAUCCACAUCAUCAUCAUCAGGUUCAUUAUUAUCAUCCAUUGGAUCAUCAUCGUCAUCAUCAUCCUCAUCAUCGUUACCAUUAACAACAACAACAAAAACAAUGAUCACUAUGAAUAAUAAUGAUUAUGAUCAUGAGGGUAUAGGUGCCUCAAAUCGACAUCUACCAUUAACUAUUGAUAUUAUGAAAUCAACAAAUGAAAAUUUCAUCACCUUAUCAUCUACAUCUUCAUCAACGAUCACUACCUUGAAUCCUCUGCCUAAUCAUCAUCAUGAUCAUCAUCAUCAUCAUCCACAUCAUCUUCAUCAUAAUAGCAGUAUCUCUAUUGAUAAUGAUUUAAAUGAUACUGAUUUCUCUAUUACAAAUGAUAAUGAUAAUUUUGAUUCAAGUUUUGAUGCAAUGAUGAAUUCGAUUGAUAUUACAACUUUUCUACCUGGUACAUUUCAAACAAAUGAAGAACAAGAUCAAUCAAUACAUAAUGAUUAUGAUCAUGUACAAUUAAAUUCAUAUCAUCAUCAUAAUCAACAUGAAUUCAUGAAAAUGGAUGAAUUUGAUGAAUCAUGUCAUAUCAUCAAUGAUGUCAUAGCAACAACAACAAUAAUGCCAACAACAACAACAGUAGCAACAAUAGCAUCAUCAUCAUCAUCAGAAGCAGCAGCAGCAGCAGUAGCAACAGCGCCAUCAUCAUCAGCCUCAUCAUCGUUUAUGAAUAAACCGACUAAUUCACAAUUCUACAAUGUUAUUAAAUCUGAUAUUGAUUUGAUUCAUUAUAAUCAUUUAGAGAAUGAAAAUCGUACAGUACGUAUUAUUUCACCAUUACAAAAAAUUGGUAAACAAUCAUCACUUACAUAUUCACAUCCAAUAUCAUCAUCAUCAUCAUCAUCAUCAUCAUUACAAGGAACACAAUGUUCCACCUCUCUAUCAUCAUCCACCUCCUCCUCAUCAUCAUCAUCGUCAACUUCAUCGGUAUUAAGAAUGAAUUCAUUACAUGAAUUAUUAAAUAAUUCACCACAAGUAUGUUCAUCUACAUUGGCAGAUUUGGAUUCAUUAGAUAAAUCUAGUUUAUUUAUUAUUAAACCAGAAUGGUCUGUAUUCGCUUAAAACAAUAUGAAUAAUCAUUAUCAUGAAAUUAUUGAAUUAUUGAUUGAUACAAUUUGUAUAUUGAAUUGAUUGAUACAUAAAUCUAUUCACAAGUCUAUACAAUCUAUUCUUUCCCUCCUCCUCCUCCUCCUCCUUCUUGUUCUCCUUCUUCUUCCCCUCCUCCUUCUUCUUCUUCUUCUUCUCUAUUUGUUUCUCUGGGCAUAUCCUACUUAUAUAACUCAGGUGGUUUAUCUCAGUUACAUUUUAGUUGUCCAUGUUUUUUUUUGUUUUUUUUUUGGUACUCGUUCAAUUUAGUAUUUUUCAAUCCAUUUCAACAUUUUACUUUUUUGUUUGUUUUUUUCUACUUUUGGUUUGCUUUUUUUUUUAAAAAUUUUCCAAACAAAUCGUUUUCUUUACAUAAAAUUUUGUUGGUGUUAAAAGAACAAAAAAACACAGGUAAUAUACAAUUUUUGUGUUUCCCCACACAUCACCACCCCACCCCAACCCCUACCCCUCAAUGCCCAACAACCACCCCCCUUCAUCAAUUUAAUAUCUUCACAUAUUCUUAUUGUUAAUUAAAGCAUUUAAAUAAAUCAAUAAAUCAAUAAACAAACAAGUCAUAAAUCUUAUUGAUUAUUGAAUAAUAAUAAUAAUCAUAAUCAUAAUCAUAAUAUGUGCAUUAAAUUAUUUUGUACAUAUGAUAAUUCAAUGAUUCAAUUUUGUUGCCAUGCUCCUUUUUUGUUUAAAAAAAUUCUUUUCAGGUUGUACAGUAUAACACACACACACACAAUCAAUAUUUUCUCCUUGUGCUUUCUUUAUUCAAUAAUAAAGUCACUUUUUUUGUUUUGUUUUGUUUUUUUUUAAAAAAAAGUAAAAUGGAACUUACAUCAUCAAUAUAAGUAGUAUGGUUAGUAGUCAUAGUAGUUGUAGUAGUAGUAGUAGUAGUAGUAGUAUAAAUGCUACUUUAAAUGUUGGAUACUAACGUUUUCUUAACUGUCUCUUUUGUUGUUGUUGUUGUUGCAUUAUAACUUUUGAUAAGAUUGAGAUUUAGUGAAUAAUACAUCUAUACAUAAAUCUAUUGAUCAAUUGAAUAUAUCUCAGGACAAUUCAUUUCUAUUUUAUGCUUUACUACGUAUAGUAGACAGUUUUACAUACACACACACACACAAACACACACACUCUCUCUCUGUCUCUGUCUCUGUGUCUUUGGUUAGUUACUAUUUCAGCCUUUUAUUGAUAUAAUCCUACCAUGUAGUAUUAUUAAUAACCAUAGUAAUUAUCAACAGGAUUGUUUCAAUUUUAUUAAAUUGUACAGUAUUCAUUCGAUUCUUGUUUUUUCUUUUUUUUUUCUUUUUAUAAACUUUAUUUUCUAUACAAAUCAACAAUGACUAGUCAGGUAAUUCAUUGAAAUCAAGGAUCUUGUUUUCUUUUUUUCUCGUUUUUUUUGUUUUUCUAUUACGGCGGGGAACAAAAUUGAUCCUUUUACAACAUUCACUGUCUCAGGUGACUUCAUGAUUAUGAUUAUUACGUAAUAUUUAGUUACUUAGUUGUAUGUUCCAUGAUACUUCUUUUAACGAAUCUAAUUAUUUUUUGAAAGCAUUUUAUUUUUUUUUCUUUUUCAAAAAAAAAUUGUGUGUGUGUGUGCGGAGGGGGGGGAAUAUGUUCUCAGUAUUUGUUACUAUGGUUAUUUUCUCUAUGUUUCUUCAUGUGUCUGUGUGGGUGUGCGGUUCCGCAUUCUUUUUUGGGAUAUCGAAAUCGAUCAAUCAGUUCCCCCCUCCUUCUCUUCCCCCCUUCAUUCAACGAUACACUUAUGUAUUCGAAUGAACUGAUAAUAAUAAUAAUAAAGGACCUUUCAUAUUCAGGGUUAUUAUUACAAUUAUAUAAUCGAUAAUAAUCUUUUUUUUUAAUAUUGUUGUUGUUGUUGACUUCUUUAUUGGCUUUCUCUGUUUGUUUGUUUAUUAUUAGUGAUUUUAAUGAAUGGUUAUGAUGAGUAUAGUUUUAUUACUGCUGAAGUUUGACAAUCAUAAUGAUGACGUUCAUUCUAUACUACUUAUAUACUACUUAUCUUUACAUCAUUUGUUAUAUACAUUUAUAUAUAUAUAUGGAUAUAUCUAUGAUAACCAACAUUGUAAUAUUUUAUGAAUUGCCUUUUCUUUUUCUAAACAAAAUGAAAAAAAUAAAAUAAAAUAAACUUUUCAAUUGAAUUAA